AUGGUAGAAGAUGCUUUGUCUGCUGCCGCCUCAACUCUUCCUGCAGCACCAGUUGCUGCAGAGGCACGUGGUGUGUCGCCACGUGCUAGUGCUGAUAAUAUUUCCCAAGUGGAUCUCAUCUAUUUGGGGGAGUCGGAUGGCGGUUCCGACUCAAAGAAGACGCCUAGGUCGCCCGAGUCUAAAAGUGCGACCGAGUACGAGCCGACGAAUAGGCCUUGA